AUGAUGCAGGGAGUUUUUGUAGCCAUCCUCACCUUUUCUCUUGGGACAGCAGGGGCUGCUCCCAAUUUCCUCUGCACCUACUAUGACAUUGUUGACUACCUGAACAUCUCCUCUCAUGACAAGCUGCACAAGUACAUCCUGCCCAAGAUAAACCCGAAGGAGCCCGUGGUAGUGAAGAUGGAUUUCAUGCUGGUGGCAAUUCUCUCAGUGGUGGAAAAGCUCCAGACAGCCAGUUUUUACUUCGUCCUGAGCCUGGAAUGGCAAAACCCUUUUGCAACCUGGGACCCGCAGGAUUUCUGUAACAUUUCCGAAAUCGUUCUGCCYAUGGAUACGUUUUGGUCUCCCCCUAUCUUCAUCCUUGAGCGGGUGAACGGGCAAAACCCAGAGCUGAAUUACAUGGUCCUCAGGCACAACGGCAGCUUCAACUCCACRCGGCCCUUCCAGGUCACCCUGACGUGCAGUUUGGUAAUCCUCAAGUUCCCCUUCGACACCCAGACGUGCAACUUGAGCAUAGCUUCAUACCUGUACCCAGCAGUAACAGACUUUGUCAUGAAGACAAAACGGACACCAGCUGAGAUCAUGAUAGACAGCCAGAGUUUCUUCCUAACUGAUGGAGAGUGGAAGUUCACCAACGUGAGCAUCAUUGAAUACACAGAAACGUUUGCUAACAAAGACUAUUCUCUGGUCACCUAUGUGAUUUCCAUAGAGAGGCGACCCACUCUGUACAUUCUGAACCUGAUCCUGCCAACGUGUGCCCUGUACGUGCUGGACAUGGCUGUGUUGUUUGGACCCAGCUCUCUCGAGGAGAAAAUCAACUUCCAGAUCGCCAUCAUCCUCGGCAGCUCCAUGCUGGCUGUGAUCCUCAACAACAGCCUCCCAACCUCCUCCAACAAACCCCCCAUAAUAGGUACCACCUUUAUUGAACAAACCGAUUUUCACAUAGUUGUGUUUUUCCUGGGMACCUUCCUGCUCAUGAUCAUGGCUGUGUUAGACACCUUCUUCCUGUUGUACCAGCAGCGCAAAUCCCUGCGCUUGGACAAGCUUUUCAGAAACCUCCAGCAAGACCCUCACGAGCUCCCCAAAAGAGCCCCGGGCAGCCUGGCCAAGAGGGGUCCCCCCCUGCUGCACCCUCCCAGGAAGGCCCAGGGACCAGGGCAGCCAAACAAGCACCUCUGGCAGCUGCAAGGGCUGGACCCGUUCCUGUCAGUUCUGGAGAAAGUGCUUCUCUACAGCCACCUCUUCCUGUCCCUGUUUUUUUAUAUUCUGAUUUCUGUAAAAUGGAGCAGCUGA